CUAGCGGAGGCAGGGGGACUGGCACGGAGCAGGACAAGCCUCUGAGCAGACAAUUGGAACAGGAAGCAAGGAAGGAAAGGGUCUUUCAGAAAGGAAGGAAGACUGGCAAACUCAUUGGGAUUGUGACAAGACAGCCACACAGUAGCUGCAGAGACCACCCAUUGUAAGAGCAUCACACAUACACACAGGGAGACAGAAAUACAGAGAAAGAAAGAGACCGAGGGAAAACGUUUUGAGUCAGAAGUACUUAAAAUGAAAGUGACUGUAAGAGAUUUGCAAUUGUGGAGUUCCUUUUUUGGAGGUACAUGUUCUUCCUGUUGAUAAGAAGAGGAAAGAAGAAUAUUUCACUUCUUACUUUUUUUAUAAAUGCUGUAGAUUUUCUUUGCUUAAAUCAUAAUUCUUCACAUGCCCGGCAGUCACAGACGAUAAGGACACAAUAAGAAGGUCCACUGAAGAUCAGAAGAUGAACAACAGCCUGUCAAACACUUCUAUCAAGUGUGUUCGGGAUACCAGUGUGACAGCUGUGGUGUUCCCCUGUCUAUACAGCAUCCUCUUUAUAGUUGCCCUGAUACUGAAUUCCCUGGCUGCAUGGAUCUUCUUCAGCAUCCCCAGCUCCUCAACAUUUGUGGUCUUUCUGAAAAAUGUGGUGGUGGCUGACCUGCUGAUGACGCUGACCAUACCUCUGAGAGUCUUAAGUGAUGCAGGCGUGGGCUCCUGGCGACUACGCGCCUUCCACUGCCAAUACUCUGCAGUUUUAUUCUACAUCACCAUGUACAUCAGCAUCCUCCUGCUGGGCCUCAUCAGCCUGGACCGAUACUUGAAGAUAGUAAGGCCAUUUGGGAAGUGUGCCCUGCAGCGGGUUCGUGUUGGUCAGGUGCUGAGUGCCACUGUCUGGGCAGUCAUGUUAUCUUUGGCAUUACCGAAUGUUAUUCUAAGUGACCAGCCGCCACAGAUCUAUGGAGGCAGACUGAAGUGCACCUCCAUGAAGAGCAAAGCCGGCUUGCUUUGGCAUGAAGGUUUCAACUAUUUCUGCCAGGUGGUUUUCUGGGGCACGCUGGCCUUGAUGGUGGUUUGCUACACGUUCAUAAGCAGGAAGGUUUAUGAGUCAUACAAAGCCUCCAAGAGCAGCUCUCAAGCAGUCAGUCGCAGAACCAAAGCAAAGGUCUUUGUGGUAGUCGGGGUGUUUUUCAUCUGCUUUGCCCCUUUUCACUUUGCCCGCGUUCCUUACACUCUGACCCAAACUCGCAGCUCGGCGAGUCAUUGCCAGGCACAGAACGCUCUCUACAUCGCAAAGGAAACCACCCUGUGGCUGUCGGCCACUAACGUGUGUCUGGACCCGCUUAUCUACGUGUUCCUGUGUAAGGUGUUCAGGAAAAGACUGACAGCCGCAAUCUGCCGAAAGCAAGUCCACAUAGGUGCCACGGAGUCCACCACAGCGACAUUAACUCAACAGGAAAUGUCACAGAUCCCUCUAAGUAACAGGCUGUCAUAUAACGGGAUGCCACAGGAACACACUGGACAAUUUCCAAUAGGAAAUCAAUAACUGUUAACUGUCAAGGCAUGAUGAGACACUGCCUGAAAGGUUAUUUUACUUUUUAUAAAAAAAGCAUUUAUCACGAUGACAGUAGUUGUAAAAAUUCUAAUACAAUGCAAGGGGAUCAAAAUCUGCUGAAUGUGACAGAAAAGAGUUUUUGUUACAGGGCGUCGACUAACCACGCUUCUGACCCAUGUUUGCUAAGUCAUCCAACAUGUUUCCUUAAUUGUGCUUACUGUCAUUUUCUACUUCCGUCUCUUCGCUAAUCUCAUUCAAACUGCACUUUCCCUUUACAAAACUUUGUCAAAAGCGUAAACAUCUUAACAGCAUAUGUUCUCCAAUGAUUACAGCACACGCAAAAUGUGACCAGGGACCGAGUGAUAACAAAAUGAGGCCCGCAAUAGACUCUGCUGACAGCUAUAACUUCUGAGCAAUAAAAAAUAACAAUAUUAAUAAAAUUUAUAUUUUUCAAUUGCAUGGUGUUCAACUUUCAUGUUAGGAGGUUCAAAAUGUAUUUUAAGGGGGAAGGACAUGAGUCUAAAACAUGUGGUAUUUCUGAUUACAACCAAAACAAAGACAAAGUCUUAGCCAGGCUAAGAUGGCUGUGCAACAAAGGUAGCAAAUUAAGAAAGGAAGGCUAAAACCACCCAGUUCUUCCCCAGUAGUGCCGACACAGACGUUGAUGAUAUGGAACAUAUAGACCAUAACACGCUCAAACGGAUGUUGAAUACCAGCAGAAGGAACGAAAGCAUAGUUCAUUGGUUUGUUUAAAAUGGGGGCUGUUUGUGGUUGCUGACCUUAUUAUAUGCACUGAAUGCAGAUGUUUAUCUUUUUGCACCACUGGUGUUGAUCAGUAUCUCAGGCACUUUUGAUAAUUAUUCAGCUGCUGACUAACAGGAACUGCAUGCAGACUUACAUUGCUCUGGUUCAGAUGUGGUGUUUGAGGAAACCAAAUAUAUCAUUGCCGAGCAAAACUGCAAGCAUUUGCAAGUAGGGCAUAAUCUUUCACAGUAUCACAGUAGCAUCACUGCAUCAUUCAUUUUUGAAUUGAACAAGAGGAGAAAAGAAUAAAUUGACUUUUUCUAAUACUGCAACGCCCAGAAGACAGGUUUCAGGACAUUCACAAACUGGUUCUGCAGGAUUAAUGUCACCUCCCACCUGAUUUACAAUUGUGUCUGCAUGCGGGUCUGAUUAAUGUAAUAAUGAAAUAUGAUCUUCUUCCAUCCCACCCUCUGUCGGCUUCGACAUUAUCUGAUAUUUGGGCAGGAAAUUAAUGAGCUACAGAGCGGUCGGAGAGGCGACUGCAGCCAGAGAAAGGACCGUUUGUCACCCUUAGAUUAAAUCCUCUGACAGAUGACCUCGCAGUGGUGAAUUAUGCGAAAUUCUAAAUGACAUUCAUGGAAAUUAAGUAAACCCUGCAGAUAAUGUUGCCUUCCAGUAUGCACAGACACAAGUUGGGGACCGAAAAGAGCCAGACAAAUAGGGGCAGGUAGGUGGGGGCUGACAGUUUAGUGAGUCUUGAUGAAACAAGGUGGUACAGUUUUCAUGUCAAACCUGUCAUGUCUAUG